AUGAAAGAUGGAGCAUACACAAGUUUACAUUUCAGUAACCCAAAUCAAGCAAUCUAUAUAGAAAAAUGGAAACAUCAACCAUUAACAUUCGAUGAUAUAGAAAUCCCACCACAAUCAAAAAAUUCAAAUCAACAACAAUCAAUAACCAACUCACAUAAUCACCAUAAUAAUCAUCAAAAUUUAUUAAAUCAUCCAGAUUUUUUUGAUGAAGUUGAUGAUCAUUCAAUGAUUCAGAAAGAUAAUUUUCAAAAUACUUUUGGUAAUAAUUCAAUAAGUUCCAAGAUAUUAAAGAGGCAACAAUUACAAUUAAAUAAAUUUAUUGAUUUAAAAUAUAAUUUUGAAAUUUUUAAAUUAAAAAAUCAACAAUUGCUGAAUAAUAUUGGUGAAGAUGAUAAAGAUUUACAAAAAUUUAAAGAUUUGACUAUUUUACCUAAUGUUAUUAAUAGAUAA